CGUGUGCUUUUCAUCGAGUCUGCCAUGUUUUGUCCUACUUGUCGCGCUUGAUCAACGCGUUCGCGAUUUCUGUUCCAAACUACUAUUUUUCUGAAUGUAUUACAGGCUGUGUUUUGUUUACAAAUAGUGUAGUUUAUGACUCUGUAAUUAUUUAAGUGUAGCUUUAUAUUAAGCUACCACUUUUGAUACUCGUGUGAAUAAUGGUGUAGUUCGUAUUUCAUCAAAUUUUGAAACCGUUCAAAAGCUUGCCACAGUUGUAAUCUGUAUUCGGUGAAUCCGUCGCAAUUUUUGGAAACAUUUGUUCUUGUCUACCGAGGUGAAUACCCAUCACAUCGGUUCUGUGACGCAACCCACGUGCACAUAAUAGAGCAAGCAUCUCAUGCACAUUUGUUAUUAUUUUGUUCGCGGCUCGCGAGUUCGUUUCUAAGCCGUGAGGAUCGAAUCGGAUCGAAGAAGGGAAAUCGCGUCGUCUGUCUUGCUCCCUCACGGCGCGUUCCAUUCUGUUGCAUUUAUAAAUUUUCAUUAACCGAAAUAAGUUUUUUCGUACGGGUGUGCAAAAUUGUUUUCGUGCGCGAAGGCUAGUGUUUGUUGGUGGUGCGAGCGCUGUGGAAGCGCACGGCACACGUGACGCGGGCCGAGUGUUUGGGUGUCAGUGGUCGGUGGGCGCGCGUAGUCCGGUUGCACUCUGCAGUGCGGCGUGCGUCGUGCGUCGGAGGUGAUUCACCGGGCGGCUUGUUGAUCGUGCUUAUUUACCCGCGAGUGCAUCCCAAGUGCGUGGAGGAAGUGCAAAGGCAUGUGUGGCGCGCGACGGCGCCGAUGACACCGCCGUCCGGGGCGACGGCGAUUUAAAACAGUGAAUCGUGUGCUAGCUAUGCGUUUCGGGUUAUGAGUGUGUGACAAAGUUGAAGGGUGCUGAGGACACUGGAGCCCCUAGACGGAGUUGGGCCCGCCGGGGCGGCCCUGGUGCUUCUUGGGGCUCCUCACGAAGGCAAAAUGGCAGCGUGGAACCGCCAUCACCACUUUAACAUGCUCAUGGAUGAGAAUGCCAAAAACAAAUUGGGCGUUGUGGGCGGCGGCAUGCCGGAGGGCGCGGGCGGCGAGCGGCGGCAUGUGCCGCUGUACGGGCGGCUGGUGGCCGAGGACCAACUGCCCUCGAUGAGCGCGCCGUCCGACAUUCAGGUGAGCGCUAGAGCGCGCAACACCCGAGCUUUCUGCCGCUACCGUUACCCCCCACAGGCGAUGCAAGCGAGGAUACCACAUCACUUUCGAGACCCUUCGACAGCACCGUUAAGGAAACUCAGCGUGGAUCUUAUCAAGACAUACAAACACAUUAAUGAGGUUUACUAUGCAAAGAAGAAACGGAGAGCGCAACAGUACCUUGGGGAUGACGGUUCACACAAGAAGGAGAGAAAGUUAUACAACGACGGGUAUGACGACGACAACCACGACUACAUCAUCAAACAGGGAGAGAAGUUCCUCGACCGGUAUGAAAUCUCCUCGCCAAUAGGAAAAGGAUCCUUUGGGCAGGUUGUGAAAGCGUACGACCACGAGGAGCAGUGUCAAGUAGCGAUAAAAAUAAUUAAGAAUAAGAAACCCUUCCUAAACCAGGCACAAAUAGAAGUCAAGUUACUAGAAAUGAUGAACAGGGCAGAUGCCGAAAAUAAGUAUUAUAUAGUGAAACUGAAGCGUCACUUUAUGUGGCGGAACCACCUGUGCCUCGUGUUCGAGCUGCUGUCGUACAACCUGUACGACCUCCUGCGUAAUACCAACUUCCGCGGCGUCUCGCUCAACUUGACGCGCAAGUUCGCACAGCAGCUGUGCACCGCGUUACUGUUCCUUAGUCAACCAGAACUAAAUAUAAUUCACUGUGAUCUUAAGCCUGAGAAUAUUUUGCUAUGCAAUCCUAAGAGAUCAGCCAUCAAGAUUGUUGAUUUCGGCAGUUCGUGUCAACUAGGACAAAGGAUAUACCAGUACAUCCAGUCGAGGUUCUACCGGUCGCCGGAGGUGCUGCUGGGCAUCCCGUACGACCUGGCGAUCGACAUGUGGUCGCUGGGCUGCAUCCUCGUGGAGAUGCACACCGGCGAGCCCCUCUUCAGCGGCGCCAACGAGCUCGACCAGAUGAACAAGAUUGUCGAAGUUCUCGGAAUGCCGCCGGAUCAUUUACUCGAUCAGGCGCACAAAACUAGAAAGUUCUUUGACAAAUUACCAGCGUCAGAGGGCGGUGGAUACGUACUGAAAAAAGUUAACGGAAAGGAUGGCAGCGGGUACCGCAAGUACCGCGCGCCGGGCUCGCGGCAGCUGCACGACAUCCUGGGCGUGGAGGGCGGCGGGCCGGCCGCGCGCCGCCGCGGGGAGCCCGGACACUCCGUCUCUGAUUACCUCAAGUUUAAGGAUCUGAUCCUCCGCAUGCUGGAGUACGAUCCGAAGCAGCGCGUGACGCCGUACUACUCGCUGCAGCACAACUUCUUCAAGCGCACCGCGGACGAGGCCACCAACACCCAGCAGGCGCAGGCGCAGUCGCACCACCAACACGUAGGCGGCGCGCGGCUGUGGGGCCCGGCGGAGCGCAUGGAGGUGGAGAGCGUGCGCCGCGACGACGACAUGCUGCAGCCCGUGUGCCAGCUGCAGCACAGCCCCGUCGCCAUACACUAGCGCGAGCUCGGCGCCCGCGCGCCCCCCGCACCCGCCGCCGCGCCCGCGCCCCCCGCGCCGCGCCCGUCGCGCCCGCCGCGACCGCCGCGCCCGCCCAGGAAGCGCAGGCGUACGCGCAAGCGAGCGCGCUAGACGGGGCGCGUUGGACGCCGCCGGGCGCUAGAGGGCGCGUUGGACGCCGCGCGGCCGCAACACAAAGCGCAUCGGACGCCGCCGGGCGCAACAGGGGGCGCGUUGGACGCCACCAGGCGCACCAAGGGGCGCGUCGGACGCCACCGGACGCGUUAGCUCAUCGGUAUCGCAAGCGGGUUGCAGCUCUGUCAGUGUGAAGUGCGCGUAGUGUGAGCGGGCGACCGGUGGACACGAGUGGAUACAGUUGCGUGACGAUUUAUUGAUGACAUUAAAGUGAGAGUUGCAAUAAAGGAGUGUAAGCGAGUAGACUAAAGUGUGCCCUAAAGUGAGAGGCCAGAAGAAUGAUAAAGCUAUAUUUAUCAAAGACGAGGUGUAAAGCUCCAGGAAACUUCAAAAUAUUGAAGGGGAUGCUGAAGAGAAGUUAUAAAGAAUCAGAUUUAAUGACACUGAUAUUGUAUUUGCUUCAGAAAAAUGGACAUGACGAGUGCUAAAUAUUAUCUUACACGCUAUGGAAGAUCGUCACUCGCUCACACCGACGCCCCACCUUAGUACUAUAAUAAAGUAACGGACGGCAACGAGCGUGCAACUCACUUGCUUUACAAAUCUAGAAAACUUGUGAAUAAUUCACAAGUGUAUACAGAAGGAGCAGAGUAUGUUUUCAUACUUGGACUUUGACAAAUCUCGACCCGAGAUGUACGGUAGCGGAAUGCGAUGAUCGGAGUAAGAAGUUAUUUUAGUGGUGAAGUUGUGUUUAAACAGUAAAGAGUGCGGAAUGGACACCAGAAGCGAGGUGCUCUACAAAGACGAUUGCGUUGUUUAAAUGACAUUAAAGUGACUUUUGUACUCGGUUGGUUUAGUUUAAUUAGCACGGAGCCGGCGGCUGCGUGCGCAGACACGAGCGGAGCGGAAAGCGGGUACGCUAGCGGAAACUGGCUUUAGAUUAAUUCAUUGCUCCAUAAUCGAAGACGAUAGACAUAAUUACGCUCUAGUAUUUUAUAAGCCAAAAGCGAACGCGACGGUUGGUUUAGGUUAAGUAAAGUUAAAUCACUCUAUAUUUAGAGGAAGGCGCGAGCCGAGCCAACGGACGGAUGUAGUGAUUAAUUCUAGAGAAAUCGGAACGAAUCGGCUUUUGGAAGUAUCUCGUCUAUGCACGAGACCUGGACUGAAUCCAUAUUUAUAAUUCUAUAUUUUUAUUUAUCGCGAUAAGUCUGACUGUAAAGAGAACACUAUGGUGACGAGAUGUUACUUUGUAACAUGUAAUGUAUUAUUUCUUAAUCGCUUACUUAGAAGGUUCGGAGGUUCUGUCACCACACACGGACGCAUCCAGGGCAUCAAAGCUAGGUUUUUUUAUUGUUACGCAAUGCAUAUCAAGGACGCAAUAUGGUAGAAAAUAAAUAUUGUAUAUAAAUUUAGAAACCGAACUAAUUACGGAUACAGACUGCGAAUGAAAACUGAAUAAUCUAUAGUUUAGUUAUGGUCUAUGCUAGGUAAGCUUACAUUCAGUUAUUAUCGCAAGCUUUAUAUUUUUAAAAGUGUCGGCAACUGAUGACUGAGGAUAAAAAGGGCCAAUUCAGAAUUCGUUUUGUACGGAAAGCGACCGAGGUCAUAGAUAUUUGAUAAAUGAAUAUUUUUCGAUUGCACAAAUCGUUUCCAUUUCGAUACAGAAACGUGUUAAAUAAUUUGAAACGUUGCCCUCGCAUUACAGAGUUGUAUAUUGUAAAUGUUUAGUUGUUGGAGGCGGAGGUGGAGGCGGAGGCGGAAGCGGAGGCGGAGGCGACGCGCUAGGGCAGGGCUCCUCUACCUUACAUUUGUCCCGUUGGAGUAUUCGAUAUGUUACACAGAGAAUAGGUGUAUAGGUAAUUCUAUUAAAAAAUAAAUAAAUCACAAAAUGUACUUGUAGGUUACGGGAAUGUUGAAAUCAUAUAUAAAAAAUUGGGUAUUUCUGAUAGGAGUUAAUAAAUUGAAUUACUGACUUGUUCAACCUUUUUGGAUUUGAAUCUACAAUAGCUAAUAAUUUCUUAUAUUUAUGCGAAUACAAAAGGUGGAACUAAUUUGAUGGAUUUUGCGAAUUGCGUAUUUAAUUUAUGACGUUUUAAGCAUUUUAAUAAAAAAAAGUGUCUUGACACAUUUGAAAAAGGUUGAUUACAGAAGUUA